AUGGCGGUGACGGCUGGUGAGAGCUCGGACGCCUCGUGCGGGUUCGCCGCCUGGUCCGGCGUUUGCUCGGUGGAGUUUGUCGCCACAGUGUGUGGGGCGAAUGCUGCUACUUCGAGGGUGGUGAUAAGGGCGUGGCGCCGCGGGGCCUCUGCCCCUAGGUGGGUUUGGGGUCGGUGUUUGCGCGGGCCGGGUUGGUCUCUGGGCGAGGUCUACCGGGGUUUGCGCGGGUGGUCUGGGUGGCACGACAGUAAGAGGGGAUAG